GCAAAAGUACCGAGGUUCUAGAAGCUGACGUGGCGUAUGUUUGAGCGACAGCGUCACCGAGUCGCCCGAUUCUCCGCCCACCACUCAGACCGAUGCAGUGACUCUCGGAUGCCUACGACGCUGCCACCGUAUGCUGCUGCACAUAUUUGCUGACGCCACAUGUUGAGUGGAGGAGGAGGAGGAGGAGGCAUUCUGCAUUUGGUCUCCAUUUUAGGCCCACUUCUGUGCUGCUUUUUACUCUCACUGACACGCUGCUGGAUUCUGUGUAGUGUUCACAGGAUAUGCGUUAAUCCUGGUGCCUUGCAGGAUUCCUUGAUUCGCAAUGCUCAACCGUAUUCGUGAACUGUGCGGAUUUGUUCUUGCUGUGCAAGUGAAGAGAUUCUGUCUGGAAAUUUUCGUGUAAAGUUUCUCGGAGGUAUCGGUGGCGCUUCGAAUUUCGGAGAAAUUAUUGUAAGGAUCUGAUAAUGUCUUCAUGGGAGCAUUUUGGGCAAAUAGCCAAUGUGGCCCAACUGGCUGGUCUUGAUGCUGUUAGAUUGAUUGCCAUGAUAGUGAAGGCGGCAAACACAGCCCGAAUGCACAAGCAAAACUGCAUGCAGUUUGCGCAGCAUCUAAAGCUUAUAGGGAAUCUCUUGGAAUCACUCAAGAUUUCUGAGCUGAAAAAGUAUCCAGAAACUCGGGAGCCGUUGGAACAGCUUGAGGAUGCGUUGAGAAGGUCCUACAUUUUGGUUAAUAGUUGCAGGGAUAGGAGUUAUUUCUAUCUGCUUGCAAUGGGAUGGAACAUUGUAUAUCAGUUCAGGAGGGCUCAGGAUGAGAUUGAUCGAUAUUUGAAGAUUAUACCUCUGAUUGCACUUGUUGACAACACUCGUGUCAGGCAACGGCUUGACAUGAUUGAAAUGGAUAAAUAUGAGUAUACACUGGAUAAUGAAGACAAGAAGGUGCAAGAUGUGAUAAUGAAGCGGGAGCCCUCAAAACAUGACACCAUUGUUUUAACAAAAAACCUUUCGUGUUCCUACCCAAAUAUGCCUAUUAAAGAGGCCUUAAAAAAGGAGCGUGAGAAACUUCAACAAGAACUGAAACAUUCUCAAGCUAAUCUGGAUGUUCGGCAGUGUGAAGUGAUUCAUCAUCUGCUUGAAGUAACAGAAGCUGUUGCAGCAAGCUCUGUGCUAGAAAAAGGCUCACUAACUAAAGAAUCCAAGGUGGACCAGGCUUCUAAAGACAUAAAAGAUGAAGAAGGCUACCAUGCUGAAAACUAUGAUCAAAGCACUGAGAAACAGGAAGCUUUGGGGAACAAAUCAUCACUAUCAACUCAAGUUUCGCAUGAGGAAUGGCAUUCGGAUUUACUAGGCUGCUGUUCUGAACCACUUCUGUGUGUUAAAACGUUGUUUUGCCCGUGCACCACAUUUUCCAGAAUCGCCUCAGUGGCAAAGAAUAGAUACAUCUCUCCUGGGGAGGCCUGUAAUGAACUGAUGGCUUAUUCCUUAAUACUGUCGUGUUGCUGCUACACUUGUUGUAUCAGAAGAAAGCUCCGGAAAAUUUUCAACAUACCGGGUGGGUUUAUUGAUGAUUUUCUCUCCCAUCUAAUGUGCUGCUGCUGUGCCCUUGUCCAAGAAUGGCGAGAAAUUGAGAACCGGGAAGUUAAAGGUCCUUGGAAGACACAGACGAAUCCUCCACCAGUCCAAUACAUAGAAUACUAACUCAGGAAGCUGCAUAUAUAAUUAUAUAUAUAUAUAUAUUAUGUACGUAUGUAGCUACAGUGUUCAGAUCCUAUGCCUUGUGCAGGUAGGUAAAUUGAUUACUUUCUUGCUAUUUAGUUUCUUCCUGUUUUUUUUUUUUUUUUUUUUUUUGGUUUUAUUUCCCUUAGAUUUAUUGAUGAUGAGGAGUUUCUUUCUUAUCCCUUGUAAAUCCCCUUUUGAACAUCUGAAUCUUCAUUUUCAUGAUUCUCUGUUUGUUGUUUCUGCUACUGAUUUUUUUUUCGAGAAACAAACAUUGCUGACUCCUUUAUAUGUUAUUGACCCUAAGACAAUUUGCCCAGAUUUUGAGAGGCA